AUGGCAGUCCUGAUGAAAGAUUGCAUAGUAUGGACAGCAACAGGAAGCAUGAUGAGUGCUCCCCCAGCACCCAGUGACUCCAGUGUCAGCUGUAUCACUGCUCUGAGUUCCUGCACAGCAGCUGCCAACAUGGUCAGGAAACAGCACUUCACCCAGACCGGGAGAUACGAUGGUAGAACAGUGGCCAUAAAGAAAAUAAUGAAGACAACAUUCACACUGUCCAAAUCCAUACGUAAAGAAGUAAACCAAGUAAGGGAACUUGACCAUCUCAAUCUCUGCAAAUUCAUUGGAGGUUGUAUAGAAGUGCCAAAUGUUGCCAUUGUGACAGAGUACUGCCCCAAAGGCAGCCUAAGUGAUGUUCUGCUCAAUGAAGACAUUCCUUUGAACUGGGGCUUCAGGUUUUCUUUUGCUACUGAUGUUGCACAAGGGAUGGCCUAUCUUCAUCACCACAAAAUGUAUCAUGGACGGUUGAAGUCCAGUAACUGUGUGAUAGAUGACCGAUGGGUUUGUAAAAUUGCAGAUUAUGGUUUGCAGUCAUACAGAAAAGAAGAUUCUCCUGAGGGGUCAAGCUUGUACCAGCAGCAUUUGAUACAGAUUUACAGAGCUCCUGAAAUCCAUUCCCUUUCAGGCUUUGAACCCAAUUCUAUGACAGAUGUCUACAGUUAUGGCAUCAUUUUACUAGAAAUUGCCACAAGAAGUGACCCAAUGCCAAAAGAUGAUGUGCAUUUGGCUGAAAAUUCUUGGUGCCCACCUUUGGUAGAAUUAAUUUCAGGAGAGGCUGAGAAUUCUUGUCCGUGUCCCACAGAUUACAUAGAGUUAAUCAGAAGGUGCAGAAAAAAUAAUCCAGCCCAAAGGCCUACAUUUGAACAAAUCAAGAAAAUGUUGUACAAGAUGAAUCCUAAUAAAGUCAGCCCUGUUGAUGUGAUGAUGGCUCUGAUGGAGAAAUAUAGCAAACAUCUGGAGACACUGGUUUCUGAGAGAACCCAGGAUUUAAUGCAUGAAAAACAGAAGACUGAUCGUCUGUUGUACAGUAUGUUGCCGAAGCAAGUAGCAGAUGAUCUCAGGCAGGGAAAACAUGCACGAGCUCAAAGUUACCUAAGUGCCACCAUCUUUUUCAGUGACAUUGUUGGCUUCACUCAGCUGUCCAGCAGCAGCACACCUUACCAAGUGGUAGAUCUCUUGAACAAGCUUUAUACCACUUUUGAUGAAAUCAUAGAUAACUACGAUGUCUAUAAGGUGGAGACAAUAGGAGAUGCCUAUAUGGUGGUGUCAGGAGUACCCAAAGAGAAUGGGAUCCUUCAUGCCAGUGAGAUCGCAAGCAUGGCUUUAGACCUUCUGGAUGUCUGCAAGACUUUUAAGAUCCCACACAAGACCAACACCCUCUUAAAGAUAAGAGCAGGAAUUCAUUCAGGGGCAGUUGUAGCUGGAGUUGUUGGGACCAAAAUGCCACGGUAUUGUUUAUUUGGAGAUACUGUGAACACAGCUUCCAGGAUGGAAUCUACCAGUGAAGCUCUUAAAAUACAGUGCAGUUCAAGCACAUACCAGCUGUUGGAGCAGAUUGGAAAGUAUGUGCUAGUAUGCCGUGGGAAUUUACAAGUCAAGGGGAAAGGAGACAUGGUAACAUACUGGCUUGAAGGUAAGAAAGUCUCUGCCACCUGGGAGGCAGUCACCAGCACUUCUGUGACUCUUCAAGACCCCAACAGAGCUUCGUUUAGUUUGAUACCAGGUGUCCUUCCCAAUGAUCAUGUCUCAAGUCCUGCUUACUAG